AUGAGCUCUACACGCAACCAGGGCUGGGUCCCGCAGUCAGCCGGAGAUGUGCAGCACAACGUACGCAACGCUGCAUUGCAGGGCGCCUCGAAAGCCUUCUCCAAACCCCCUGUGAAGCCGAAGCCUGUCACCAACACAUAUACCGGAGGAGACAAUGCAGCCUGGCUAGCAGCCACGCGGGUUGGAACAGGCAGCCCUGCAUCCUUACAACGAGACCAUACCGGCGGAUCUCUAGGCGUCAGCAGACCAAUCACCUCCAACCCGGCGAAUGCUACGUCGUUGAGCGUUCCUGGCGAUCACCUUGACCGUGUACCAUCUCCAUCCAACAUCGCGGCACGGCUGGCCGCUGCCCGGCACAGCCCUCUGAAGCCCAUGCCCCAACCCAAACUCCAGCCCGCGCCUACGAUGGACGAACAAGAGCCGAAUGAAAGGGAUAUCCUACCUCCGCCUGGUAGUGUGGGCAAUCUGCUUGCGAAACUUGAGCCUAAGAAGCCUGGUCCGCAGCAGCAGAAAAGGAGAGACAGUCUUGAGUCGCGCUCAGCUGCCAGCCGUGCCCAGCGACCGGAAUUAACCAGCAGGCCCACCGACGAUACUCCUAUACCGCCUACAAAUACCUUAGUAAAGAUGUUUGAACAAGGCAGAUCUACAACGCCGACCGACCAGACUUCUACGCCUUUACAUGUUGCUCGAAGUUCGCCGCCUCCUGUUCGAUCCCCAAAGCCUCGGCGGACCUUUUCACUACCACCUGACCCGGAAGAAGAUAACGCUCCGCUGCAGAGGAAAAGGACACAGACACCUCCACCUGUCAAGCCAAAGCCAAAGCACCAGAUUCAGCUAUCCCCACAACUCACUGACGGUGCGAAUGACAAAGCAUACUUCAAUACGCCUAAAAAGGGUCCUAUGAAAUCACCUCCGGUCAAGCAGAAGCCAGUAGAAUUAGCAGCUCUGACGACGGCAAUCUCACCACCUCGAAAAGGCUCCCGUCAGGCAAGGAGAAUGUCGACAUCCAUGGAAAGCUCUAAACCGCCUUCAACGCCGUCUUCUUUCAAGUCCGCAAAAGAGGAACAAGAAGAAGAGGACGCAGAAGUCAAACUCAAGCCAACCGUGCCUCCACCUCGUCGCUCGACUACCCGGAAAGCAGAGUCAGUGCCGGCUUCGCAAAAGCUUCAACCGACAACACCCAUUCAGAUCAAAUCACGCGCAGGUGCUCAAACGCCAGGUUCAGCCUCUCCGGUGCGGAAUCUCUCGCCUCAUCGACCAGCAUCUAAUAUAGGAACGGCCUCCCCUUCGGUGUAUCACAACAACUACCAACGCGAAUCAGUCAAGCAGAUCACUCAGCACAUGACCGGAGAGUCCCUAUCAAGCGCAAUCAUGGGCGCAGCUUUAGCUUCACAGUCUCGCAAUGUUUCCCCCGCGCCUCGCCCCAUGUCAGUCGAGCCGCUCUUUCCACCACGCAAGCAACACCACCAUCACCACUUGCCGUUUCACCGGUCUCCGUCUCCGCAAAAGAAUUCACCUCCGAAAAGCACAGGAAAGUUGCGUACCACAAUGCGCAAAGAGCCAUCCUCAUCAGACGAUGAAGAUAACAAGGUGGACAAGUACAAAAAGAAAGGCACAAGAAUCAUGGGCAUCAAAGGGCGGAAACAUCCGAACAAGCACGAUGAGGGAAAUCGAAAGCGAUGGCGUGACCAGAUCACUGAAAGAGAGCGAAAACGGUACGAAGGGGUCUGGGCGGCAAACAAAGGCCUUUUCAUACCUCCAUCGCCUCGUGCAGCGCCUGACGAUGAUCCAUCCGCCGACGUACUGAAUCUUGUGGUCAAAGAGAUUUGGACGAGGAGUCGCUUACCCACGCACGUGCUAGAAGAAGUAUGGGACUUGGUAGACGGACGAGCAAUUGGAAGACUGACCAGAUACGAAUUUGUCGUGGGACUGUGGUUGAUUGAUCAACGACUCAAAGGACGGAAAUUACCCGUCAAAGUCAGUGAUAGUGUGUGGCAGAGUGCAAGGAACGUGGACAUUAAAGUCAAGAUUAAACAUUAA